AUUUCUCAUGGCGGUAAUGGGUUGUUUUUCCCGGGAAGCUUUUACAUAUGUGGAUAGUUGCCAGUGAAAUCUUAAAUUUGGAGACGUGUAAAACCAGCGAUUUACAAUCAUAAGGUGAAGCAUACCAGUUGCUAUGGGGUAUGAUACAGCACGAUUUACAUGUUCAGUUGAUGAGGAACUGCUUUGUGCAAUUUGUAAAUCAGUACUGGAAGAUCCUCUUCAAGCCCCAGCAUGUGAACAUGCUUUCUGUGCUGGUUGUAUACAUGAAUGGCUGAGACAUCAACAAAUUUGUCCAGUUGAUCGACGCGGCCUCACACCACAUGAACUGAAGCAAGUGCCAAGAAUCUUGAAGAACCUUCUAUCAAAGUUAACAGUAAAAUGUGAAAAUGAAAGGCAUGGCUGUGAUGGGGUGGUCAGACUGGAUCAAUUACACUCUCAUUUAUCACAGUGUGAACAUAACCCAAAGAGGCCUGUUCAGUGCAAUCAGGGAUGUGGAUUAGUGGUUCCAUUUGACGAGCUUUCUCAGCAUAAUUGUGUCCGUGAAUUAAAUAACUUGAUCCAAAACCAGAAUUUCAAGCAAGAACAGCUGCAAGCUCAAAUUGAUGAACAACGCCAGCAGCUAAAUGAACAGAAACGUGAGAUUCAAGCUCUCAAGGAAAUGAUCCGAACCAUGAGAGUGAUCAAUUUGCCACAGGCAUUGCCACUAUUGCCAAGCAACCUGUCACAACCAGAUCACUAUGUCAAUGAAAUUCAUCAGUGGUUAAGGGGGUUACAAUCAGCCAGAGUAACAAGAUGGGGUGGUAUGAUAUCUACGCCCGACGCUGUUCUACAGGCAGUCAUUCGGCGAGCGCUUGCAGACAGUGGAUGCCCACCUACCAUUUUGAAUGAACUAAUGGAGAAUGCUCACGAGAGGAGGUGGCCCCCAGGGUUGAGCACACUUGAAACACGGCAGUUGAAUCGCCGUCGGUAUGAACAGUAUGUUUGUAGGAGAAUACCAGGAAAACAAGCAGUUGUGAUCAUGGCCUGUGAAAAUGAACAUAUGGGUGAAUCAAUGACUUUAGAUCCUGGUCUUGUAAUGAUCUUUGCACAUGGCAUUGAGUAAAUUUUAACACAUUGUACAUUCACUGGUAUGUGGCUACAAAGAGGGAAAUCAAAUCUUAAAAGGGCAACAUCUUGCCAUAAUGAAAUCAAAGCUCCAUAGCUGUAUUUGUGAACUGCAAGUCUCCAAGAUGUAGGUAGUAUUAUUAAUCAGAAGACAGGUAUGCCAUGUUCAUUCUUUUGAGAAGAGGAGUUGAGGAAUAAAGAGUUAAGUGAGCAGUAAGCUACAGUUGGGCGCAGACACAGUUUAUAGAUCAAGUGAAUUUGAUCUAAAAGCAGCGAGGAAUGAGGUCAUCAAACAUUUCAGGAGAAAAGUGAACCUGUCCUAUCACAAAAUAUUUAUUUAAAUCAGAUAUUUAGUGUAACACAAACCAGUUUUGAGAGACUACAGAUGAACUGUCACGUCCACGUUUCGCUCAUUUUCAAAAGCUGGGACUUCGAUAAAAGCCAGUUGCCAGCAUUCUAUUGCUGCUCAUAAGACCUCUGAUCACCAUCCACUCAGCCUGCAAGUCAGCCCUUGUGAUUUGGUUUCACCUUUCAACCCCUUUUUCUAAGAACAGCUGCCUAUUACAUCAUCAGUGGCUGUUUAUGGUAAAAGUUAUUGAAACCCCUACAAAAGUUCUCUAGAGUUGCUGAAUUUUUGUAAAUUAUUUGACUCAUUUUCCAG